UUUGCUCUCGUACUCCAACCGCAUCUGCAGCAAGCUACAGCGACCGGGACUGAGCAGCUGAGCGGGGAUCGCGCUCAUACAAAGCAAAGCCGACUGCUCUGAUCUGUCCCCGCCCCCCACAACCCUUCAACCGGGUUUUUACAAAUCUCGACAUGAUGUACCAAGGAUUCAACACCGAAUACGAAGCAUCCUCCUCCCGAUGCAGCAGCGCUUCCCCGGCGGGGGACAGCCUCUCUUAUUACCACUCCCCGGCUGACUCCUUCUCCAGCAUGGGCUCUCCUGUCAAUUCACAGGAUUUCUGCACAGAUCUGGCUGUUUCCAGUGCCAACUUUAUACCUACUGUGACGGCUAUAUCGACAAGCCCAGACCUGCAGUGGCUGGUCCAGCCCACCCUCAUCUCUUCUGUAGCCCCAUCCCAGACCAGAGUCCAUCCUUACGGAGUCUCUACUCCUUCAGCUGCUGUUUACUCUAGGGCUGGUAUUGUGAAGACUACAGGAGGCAGAGGGCAAAGCAUUGGCAGAAGGGGCAAAGUCGAACAGCUUUCCCCAGAAGAAGAGGAGAAAAGAAGAAUCAGGAGAGAAAGGAAUAAGAUGGCUGCAGCCAAAUGCCGUAACAGAAGGAGAGAACUGACUGACACACUCCAAGCGGAGACAGACCAACUAGAAGAUGAAAAAUCUGCUUUGCAAACUGAGAUAGCCAACCUGCUAAAGGAGAAGGAAAAGCUGGAAUUCAUCCUGGCAGCCCAUCGACCUGCCUGCAAGAUACCUGAUGAUUUGGGCUUCCCAGAAGAAAUAACAGCUGCCUCCCUUGACCUCACUGUUGGCCUGACUGAGGCUGCAACCCCAGAGUCAGAGGAAGCCUUCUCCUUGCCCCUCUUGCAGGAGACUGAACCCAAAUCCUCUGUGGAGCCAGUCAAGAACAUCAACAGUUUGGAGCUGAAGGCUGAGCCCUUUGAUGACUUCCUCUUCCCAGCUUCCUCCAGGCCUGGUGGUUUAGAAUCUACUGCACGUUCAGUGCCUGACAUGGACCUGGCUGGCUCCUUCUAUGCAGCAGACUGGGAACCUCUGCAUAGCAGCUCCCUGGGGAUGGGAGUAGCAGCUGACCUAGAGCCACUGUGCACCCCAGUGGUCACCUGCACGCCUACCUGCACCACCUAUACGUCUUCCUUCGUCUUCACCUACCCAGAAGCUGACUCCUUCCCCAGCUGUGCGGCUGCUCACCGUAAGGGCAGUAGUAGCAAUGAGCCCUCUUCUGACUCACUCAGCUCCCCUACGCUGCUGGCUUUGUGAGCAGAGGAGGUGAGGGUGAGGGUGAGGGUAGAAGGCAUAGACAAGAGCCCAAGCUGUGGGUUCUGCUGCUGCCACCACCACCAUCAUGCUGGAGCUUUUGCAUCACAUUACAGAAACGAGAAACGUGUCUUCCCCUCAGUGGUUUCUGUAGACCCUGGGAAGGCAACUAUCUGUGCGUGAAUCAAACCAGGCCAUGGGCCCUUAAGGACAUGGAUGAUCCCACAUGUGGACUUGAGUCCUUACCUCUUCCAGAGAUGUAGCAAAACGCAUGGAGUGUGUAUCGUUCCCAGUGACACAUCUGAGAGCUGGUAGCUAGUAGCAUGUUGAGCCAGGCCUGGGUCUGUGUCUCUUUCUCUUUCUCCUUAGUCUUCUCAUAGCAUUAACUAAUCUAUUGGGUUCAUUAUUGGAAUUAACCCGGUGCUGGAUAUUUCCAAAUUGUAUCUAGUGCAGCUGAUUUUAACAAUAACUACUGUGUUCCUGGCAAUAGUGUGUUCUGAUGAUUAGAAUGACCAAUGUUAACUAAGAAAAGAUAUGACUUUAUUUUCUAGUAGAUAGAAAUAAAUAGCUAUAUCCAUGUACUGUAGUUUUCUUCUACAUCAACGUUCAUCGUAAUGUUACUGAUCAUGCAUUGUUAAGGUGGUCUGAAUGUUCUGACAUUAACAGUUUUCCAUGAAAACGUUUUUAUUGUGUUUUUAAUUUAUUUAUUAAGAUGGAUUAUCAGAUAUUUAUAUUUUUAUUUUAUUUUUUUCUACCUUGAGGUCUUUUGACAUGUGGAAAGUGAAUUUGAAUGAAAUUUUAAGCAUUGUUUGCUUAUUGUUCAAAGACAUUGUCAAUAAAAGCAUUUAAGUUGAAUGCGACAAA